UUGGCAGCAUUGUACUUCCUUUUAGAUGAAAAAGUGAAUUUUGUGCAAGCGCUGAUAGAAAAACAUUUAUAUAGUUAAAUUAAAGUUGAAAAUGUCUAAAAAUUGCGUACACUUUAUGCGUAACAUUCAACAAUAUAUCGCAACAGAUUAAAAUAUAAAUAUAAAAGAUAUAUUUGUAUAAUAUCUCUUACAAAUUGUAAAAUUUAAAUUGCCAAAAUUCCGACCAAAAUACCCAAGACGAGAUCUGGAGCUAAGCGACGUCAUCAGGAUAGUCAAACCACAUCUUCGGUUGUUCUCUCUACGCAACAUCAGCAUCAGCGGCAACAACAACAAUCGCAGCAACAACAGCAGCAGCAGCAACAACAACAACAACACCACGAACGGGUAGAAGGCAAACAAGAUUUGCCAUCGGCUACCAAAAUGAAUCGCUCGAGCAAUGCACAGACAACACAGCGACCCGUUAACUUGGACGACAUCUGGAAGGAGCUAGUCGAGGGUAUAUUGCAGAUAUAUGAUCAUGAAAAGUCACUGACUCGCAAGCAAUAUAUGCGCUUCUAUACGCAUGUGUAUGACUAUUGCACAAGUGUAAGUGCUGCCCCAAGUGGGCGCAGCAGUGGCAAGGCAGGCGGUGCACAGUUGGUGGGCAAGAAACUCUACGAUCGCUUGGAGCUCUUUCUCAAGGAUUAUCUAAGGGAUUUGCUGACCAAGUUUCAGUCGAUUAGUGGCGAAGAAGUUCUUCUAUCACGCUAUACUAAGCAAUGGAAGUUGUAUCAGUUCUCCAGCAAAGUGCUCAAUGGCAUUUGCAAUUAUCUCAAUCGUAAUUGGGUGAAGCGCGAGUGCGAGGAGGGCCAGAAGGGCAUCUAUAAGAUUUAUCGACUGGCACUUGUCGCAUGGAAGGGUCAUCUAUUCCAGGUGCUCAACGAGCCGGUGACCAAAGCGAUUCUCAAGUCCAUCGAGGAGGAACGUCAUGGCAAACUCAUUAAUCGCGCUUUGGUGCGCGAUGUUAUCGAAUGCUACGUAGAGUUGAGUUUCAAUGAAGAGGACGCUGAUGCCACCGAACAAAAGUUGUCGGUGUAUAAAGACAAUUUCGAAGUUAAAUUCAUUGCCGACACAUACGCUUUCUACGAAAAAGAGUCUGAUGCGUUCCUAUCAACCAACACUGUGACUGAGUAUUUGAAGCAUGUCGAGAAUCGACUGGAGGAGGAGAAACAACGUGUACGUGGUCGCAAUUCAAAGAAUGCAUUGUCGUACCUACAUGAGACUACUGCAGAUGUCUUGAAAUUGACAUGCGAACAGGUACUGAUUGAGAAGCAUCUGAGAUUAUUCCACGCCGAGUUCCAAAAUCUGUUGAACGCUGACAGAAAUGAUGAUCUGAAACGUAUGUACUCACUGGUCGCUCUAUCACCCAAAAAUCUAGAUCAAUUGAAGAAAAUACUCGAGGAUCACAUACUGCAACAGGGCACGGAAGCCAUUGAGAAAUGCUGCACCAGCGAUGCGGCCAACGAUCCAAAAACCUAUGUACAAACUAUACUCGAUACACAUAAAAAGUAUAAUGCGCUCGUUUUGACCGCCUUUGAUAAUGACAAUGGAUUUGUGGCCUCGUUGGAUAAAGCUUGUGGCAAAUUUAUCAAUUCGAAUGUGGUUACGAAACCCAAUAAUGCCAGCAAAUCACCCGAAUUGUUGGCCAAAUAUUGCGAUCUGUUGCUCAAGAAAUCAUCGAAGAAUCCCGAGGAUAAGGAGCUUGAGGAUAAUCUAAAUCAAGUGAUGGUCGUCUUCAAAUACAUUGAAGACAAAGAUGUCUUCCAGAAGUACUACUCUAAUAUGCUGGCAAAGCGUUUAGUCAGUCAUACAUCGGCAUCGGAUGAUGCCGAGGCAAUGAUGAUCUCCAAGCUGAAGCAAACAUGCGGUUAUGAAUACACUGUUAAGCUGCAGCGUAUGUUCCAGGACAUUGGCUUGUCCAAGGAUUUGAAUUCAAACUUCAAGGAGUACCUGAAGACCCAAAGCAUAACGUCCGAAAUUGAUUUUGGUAUCGAGGUGCUGUCCACCAAUGCUUGGCCCUUUACCCAAAACAACAACUUUCUGCUGCCCUCGGAAUUGGAGCGUUCCGUGCAACAGUUUACCAUCUUCUACUCGGCGCGUCAUUCAGGUCGCAAACUGAACUGGCUGUACCACAAGUGCAAGGGCGAACUUAUAAUGAACGUGAAUCGCAGCAAUGUAUACACACUGCAAGUGAGCACGUUCCAGAUGUCAGUGCUGUUGCAGUUCAACGAUCAACCCAGCUUUACCGUGCAACAGUUGCGCGACAACACACAGUCGCAGCUGGAGAACUUGAUACAGGUAUUGCAAAUUUUGCUCAAAGCCAAAGUGCUGACUUCAAGCGACAGCGAAAGCGCAUUGACGCCCGACUCGACAGUGGAAUUGUUUUUGGAUUACAAGAGCAAGAAGCGUCGCAUUAACAUCAAUCACCCGUUGAAGACUGAGCUUAAGGUGGAACAGGAGACUGUCACCAAACACAUUGAGGAGGAUCGAAAGCUAUUGAUACAGGCUGCGAUUGUUCGCAUCAUGAAGAUGCGUAAGCGCCUCAAUCAUACGAAUCUCAUAUCUGAGGUGCUCAAUCAGCUGUCGACUCGAUUUAAGCCCAACGUGCCCGUCAUUAAGAAGUGCAUCGAUAUUUUGAUUGAGAAGGAGUAUCUCGAGCGUAUGGAAGGACACAAGGACACUUAUAGCUAUCUCGCCUAAGUUUGUGUUUAAUAUUAUAAACAUUAUCGUUCCAAAAUUUUUAUAAUUUGCCUGCCACUAGAGAUAUCUUCCGGAUAUCAAUUAGCGCCUGCCAAUUCACCCUUCCCCCUUCCCAACAACAGCAACAUAUAAGUAAAAAAAAAGAUAUGAAAUCCUGUUCCGCCAGUAAUCAUCAAACGAUUACAGAUUAGCUGCAUACCGCAUACACAUUACGCAUCUAUACAUCUUUGCACGCAUUUAGAAUGCGUGCACCUCCCAUCCUGCCGUGCAUUUGACGCCCUUUCACACGGAUAUUUUUCAAAGCAAAGCAAAUGUAAAACUCAUUAGUGCAAUCUGUGCGAAUUCAAAACAUAUUCAAUUUGCUUCGCGAGUCCUGGAAUAACAAAAAAAUAAGAGGAAAGGAAAAAUAUUUAUACACCUAAACAUGAAAAAUGUGCAAGCACAGAAAAGAUUUCAUGUAACUUUUUUUGUAUUUCGAUCAAAUUUAUCUUUUUGUUCAUAAUUUUAUUCAUAUACAUACAUAUUACAAUGCAUACAUAAAAUAACA